GAUUGGAUCGCGUCGCCGUACCACGAAGUGCGUCGUCGCAUUGCAGCUAUUGACCAGGGCGAAAUCGCGCCCGAUGGAUCCUUCCUACCGGAUAAGAAGAAGCAGCUCGUUUGGCGGAGUAGUCUAGCCCCGUUGUGCGCACUAAACUACUCAAGUCGGCUGUUGGGAAGAGCUGGGCUAGCGUGCGUGUUAUUGACUGAGAUGAUGAGAACGAUAUUCGAUUUAAUCUUCUUGCUAUUGAAGAUCAUUGCCGGGAAGUAUCUCCUAAACUGUCGCUCUGUCUUUAUCUCGCAUCCGCUUGUGUGGAAAGAGGCUCAUCAUGCCGCACUAGUAUUGUCUGGGCCUGAAGCAAACUAUAUCGAGGUCGAUCAGGGGUUUACGGAUUUGUCGUGCAAGAUCGCUUACUUAAUCGAUAAAUCGCGAGACGCGGAGCGUACUGCUAAUAAUGCGGUGCGCACUUUCCGGGAUCGGUAUCUUACUCCUGCUGCCGAGUGA